GUUAUUUUUUUAUUUCGUGGUUACUAGUAUUUCGGUACGCUUAAAGUGUUAGUUCCAGUCUCUAGUCCUUUAUCACAACACGUCGUCUCCGUGUUCUCUCUGUACGUACCAAUAUCCACAAAAAAGAAAAAAAUGUCCGGCCUUUCACUAAUACCUAACUUCCCGUCCAAUUCGUCAUCAACGACGUCGUAUCGGAAACUAACCUCCAGAAUCUCAAACUUUCCGGUUAAUCCGAUUCGUUUUCCCGCCAAAUCCUCCACAAAAUUGAACGUUUUUGUCGUGAGGAAGAAACAUAACUUCAGUUUGCGAGCUUCAGCUGAAGAGAACUGGGAACCGGAGUCUAAGGACUCUCCGGUGGCGGUAGCGGUGGCGGAGAAGGAACCGACGGAGAUUGAUCUGUUGAAGAAGCAGUUGGUUGACUCGUUUUACGGGACGAACCGUGGAUUGAGUGCGACGAGUGAAACUAGGGCGGAGGUUGUGGAGUUGAUCACGCAGCUUGAGGCCAAGAAUCCGACUCCGGCGCCGACUGAGGCUCUUCCUCUUCUCAAUGGUAAAUGGAUAUUGGCCUAUACAUCCUUCCUAGGUUUGUACCCUUUGCUGUCAAGAGGAUCCCUGCCAGUGGUGAAGGUUGAAGAGAUAUCACAAACCAUUGACUCUGAAAAUUUUACAGUCCAGAACUCAGUCGUUUUUUCUGGACUCGGGUCCACAACUGCAAUCACUACAAAUGCGAAAUUUGAAGUCAGGAGUCCUAAGCGUGUGCAGAUAAAGUUCGAUGAAGGGAUUAUCGGGACACCACAGUUGACGGACUCCAUUGUGUUACCAGAAAACGUUGAAGUUUUAGGACAAAAGUUCGAUCUGUCUCCAUUCAAAGGCUUGAUCACAUCAGUUCAAGACACGGCUUCCAAUGUUGCAAAGACCAUUUCCAAUCAACCACCAUUGAAAUUCUCAAUCUCUCAAACGAAUGCAGAAUCAUGGUUGUUAACAACUUACCUUGAUGAAGAACUUCGUAUCUCAAGGAGUGAUGGCGGUAGUGUCUUUGUUCUCCUUAAAGAAGGCUCUGCCCUUCUUUUACCUUAAGCUCAAGGUUUGUUCAAUUCGGCUAAACCCGUUGUUGAUCAAUAAAUUCUACGAAUGUUCUUAUAUGUUAAAUGUCAUAAAAAGUAUUGAAAAGUUGACAGUGCAUUACAAUAGGUUUUGGGUGUCUAAAAGGAAAGUUAAUGGUUUUCACUUUUAUUUAAAGUAUAUAAAUGCAUGUAAUCUGUAAUUUGAUAAAGUAUUCUAUUAGAUGAGUACCCUCUAUGGAGGAUUUAUGACUUUUU